AUGGUUUUUCUUGGCCUACGAGGCAAGAAGCUCCUGGGUGGAAUCACGGUUUCAAGUGGCUUGGGCUUCAUACUUUUCGGAUACGACAAUGGCGUCAUCGGCGGCCUGCUGACCGCUCCUGACUUCGAAUCAACCUUUAAUCUCGAUUCUACACUCCAAGGCGUGGUAACUUCACUAUUUGAGCUUGGGUGUUUCUUUGGAUCCCUAGUUACAGCAGCUGCAGGCGGACGAUUUGGCCGUAGAACCCUCGCACACUUUGGAACAUUGGCCAUUGCCAUCGGCUCUCUCCUCCAGGCUUCCAGUUUCUCCGUUGGCCAGCUGAUGGUUGGUCGCAUUGUUGCUGGCAUCGGCCUCGGCUUGAUCUCUAGUAAUGUGGCAAUCUGGCAAUCAGAGACAGCACCAGCAAAAGUGCGUGGCACUUUGGUUGCGUGCUCUCUGAGCUUCCUCAUUCUCGGUCAACUUCUGGCCAAUUUGAUAGACUACGGGAUGAACAGUUAUUCUGGCCCUGUCACAUGGCGUUUCCCAAUUGCCUUUCAGUCGACAAUCGCACUUCUUAUGAGUGCUCUUUUAUUUUUCAUGCCAGAGUCGCCUCGAUAUCUCAUCAUGAAGGAUCGUAUUGAAGAAACUGUGACAGUUCUCCAAGCGCUCAAAGACACAGCAGACAGAGAGUCCGUAGCCGCUGAGAUCGCCGAGAUCAAAGAGGCGCUGCUGCUGGAACUAAACUCUCAGAAAAGUUGGACAGAUCUAUUCAGGGCUGAUAAGGUCAAGUCGCGCCGUCGUGUAAUUAUUGCUUGCGUAGUCAACUUAAUGCAAGAUCUGAGUGGGAGUACGCCAAUAGCUUACUACACCACUUUUAUCUUUCAAAAUUCCGUUGGCUUCUCUCGGCAUUUGUCUCUACUCAUGUCUAUUUUCCUACAACUGUGGUUCCUCUUGGCGUCUACGCUGACCUGGUGGCUGAUUGAGCGCGUUGGGCGUCGAAGACUGUUCAUGCUCUCUGCUUGUUGUAUGGGAAUGGUCAUGGCAGUUGUUGCUGCGAUGCUUGCCGUCAAUACACGCACUUCUGGAAUUGUCGCCGUGGUCAUGAUAUUUGCAUACCAGGCCUUUUUUACGUGGGGAUUUAUGGGCGGCGUCUGGGUUUAUGGGCCGGAAAUAUUACCACUCGAAUAUCGAUCCAAAGGGAUGGGCCUCGCAACGGCAACCCUAUGGUUAUUCUCUUUCGUAAUGGUGGAAAUUGUCCCAUCGAGUAUUGCCAACAUUGGAUGGAGAACGUACAUUAUUUUCGCCGUUUUCAACUUUUCUUUCAUCCCAAUCAUCUAUUUCUUCUUCCCAGAAACUAAAGGUUUCAGCUUAGAGCUGUCAAGCGCGCUAAAGAAUUGCACAAGAUGA